AUGUUAGAACAGGGGGUCCGUGGAGAGGUGAGAAGGGAGAGUCCCAGAGACCAGAGGCUAGCUGAGAGGGGUGCAUCACAGGGAUGGGAGUCAAGAUGCGGGGUGCUGACGGAGCAACAUGGGCGGAGAAGCAGACAGAAGCAUGCCCUGAAGGGGCCCGUUGGAAGUGAGAAGUGGACACAGGCCAGAGGCAUUCCUGAGGUAGAAGAAGCAGGCCUUGGAGACAAUGUGAGGCUGGGGGCUGAGGGCACGGGGAUCUGGGGGAGGCCGGGACCGGACUCACCCUCUGGAACAGGGAGCGGCGCGCUGGUGGACGAGGGAGGCCAGGGACGGCGGGCGGGGAGACAACGGGAGAGCGGGAGGGUGGGGCUCAGACACACGUCACUCCCAGCGCUCGCCCUCCUCAUCGCCAACCUCCGAGGUCACAUGGGGGCUGCCAUAUUGGCGCACUAG